AUGCGCCUGCUUCACACACAAACCGGUCAAUUGUGUUCUUUCGAUGGUCCAUCUAUUCCUCCAUACGCCAUCCUUUCCCACGUGUGGUCUAGGCCGGAUGAUCCCGGCCACGUGUCUGAGCAAUCCUAUCAAGACGUCGUCGAAGUCUCAGCUCUCUCACACCCGGAACACUCCAUCCUCCCUUCCCUCAGCCCCAAGAUCCAGGCCUCGUGCGCCAUAACCAAUCGCCAUGGAUACCAGUACCUAUGGGUCGACACCUGCUGUAUCAACAAAUCCAGCAGCGCUCAAGUCUCCGAGUCUAUCAACUCCAUGUUCGCGUGGUACGCUCGGUCCCACCUCUGCUAUGCCUAUCUCGCAGACGUGGAGGACGGCGAUCGCCCCGAGCACCCUCAAUCUCAGUUUCGCCGCAGUCGAUGGUUCAAGCGCGCGUGGACAUUGCAAGAGCUCAUCGCUCCCUCCAACGUCGUCUUCCUCUCUAAGGACUGGAACGUCAUUGGAUCAAAGUCGAGCCUCGCACACACGAUCAAGGAGGUCACCAACAUCGACAUCGAUGUCCUCACUGGGCGCCGGACGCUCCGAGAGGUCUGCGUUGCGCAGCGGAUGUCGUGGGCGUCGCGUCGGGAGGCGAGCAGGGUCGAGGACGAAGCUUACAGUCUGCUCGGGAUCUUCGGUGUCCAUCUCCGUCUCAACUACGGAGAAGGGCGAAACUCCUUCUCACGACUCCAAGAGGCGAUCCUCAAACACAUCCCCGACCAGAGCCUCUUCGCUUGGGGCCCACGCCAUCGGCUCAGCUGCACACACGAGUCCUGCCUCUUUGCCACGUCUCCUCGCGACUUCUCCGCCUCCUUCGAUCUCCGCAUCAUCCCUCCCAAAGUCUUCUCCCGUCGGUUGGGCAUCUCCAUUCUUCAUCCUGAAGCACACAUCAGCGCGUAUGGUAUCCGUAUGUCCCUUCCAAUCGUUCGGAUCUCGGGCUACCAGCUCGCCCUUCUAGCAUGCGAGGACGGCGCGGGAAAAUUAGUGGGGCUGGUCCUGCGCGAGCCUCAAGUACAGGAAGCAGACGUCGCGGUG